AUGGCCACGUCCACAGGACCCGACCUGCUCACCUUGACUGCCUCAGAAGCGCGACAUCUCCUCCACACGGGCGCCACAACAUCCGUCGCGCUCAUAUCAGCCUACCUCGACCAGAUCGAAGCGCACAAUCACCAGGGUCUCCACCUCAACGCCAUGAUCAGCGUAGCUCCACGCGAAAAGCUCCUCGCCCUAGCCCGCAAACUGGACGCUGAACGCCAAAACUCUGCUCUCCGAGGCCCGCUCCACGGCAUCCCGAUCGUGAUCAAAGACCUCUUCCUCACGCGAGACUUAGAUCUGCCGACAACAGCAGGUGCGCCGUGUUUCCGGUCGGCGAAGGCGAAGCGGACUGCUCCUGUCAUCCGGCAUCUGAUCGACUCUGGGCUUAUCAUUCUUGGGACAACGAAUUUGACAGAAUUCUGUGGGCUGAAGUACAAAGGCAUCACGCCAGGCUGGUCGCCGAUGGGGGGGGAGACGCAGUCGCCUUAUAUCUUUGGCGGACUGGAUCCGAGCGAUAAAUUACUUGGGCAUUCUUCGAUUGGUGGCAGCUCGUCUGGUUCGGCGGCAGCUGUUGCAGCUGGCUUUGCGCCGUUGAGUGUGGGGUCUGAGUGCUGUGGGAGUCUGAUCACGCCUGCUAAUCGAGCGGGCUUGUAUGCGUUGAAGUGCGGGCUGGAUGUGGUUGAUGUUGAGGGAGUGUUUCAUUAUACUGAUUGUAUUGACUUCAUCGGUGGAAUGGCGAAGAGCGUGGAGGACUUGAGUAUGCUGACUGCGGCGCUGAUGCAGAGGUCUGAGCCUUUUAGUAUUGAGGGAGGGUUUGACGGUGUUCGUGUCGGCUUUUGCAAUGUGAAGGAGUGGCGACUGCCGGAUGACAUCUGCAACUGGCCACGUGAUACGAGAAGGCAGAUGGAGAAAGCGUACUCGACCGCAAUCAAGACGAUCAGGGAGAACGGUGCAGAGGUGCAAGAAAAUGUAGACCUACCAUCAGCAUGGGAAGCCUUCACCAUAGAUGGCAAGAGUCCUUUUUACGGGAUAGCUUUCCACCAACUGCGCAAUAAAACGUUGCAAGCGUUUCUAGACGAGCUCGAGGACUGUGAGGUACGCUCCAUCGGCGAUAUUAUCGACUUCAACGAGCGAAACGCUUCGCUGUGCCUUCCGUCCGGUAAAAACAGUGUGAGGUCGCCUGAACGGAAGAGCUUGAGGGCUGAUAUUGUUCCAGAACACCCAUCGCAAUCCGAGCUGCAUGACCUCCAAGCAAACAGCACCACCGAAGAAGAAUGCGCAGCAAUGCUAGCCGAACUGCGAGCGCGGGGCGAGAACGGCCUGGGCCGGCUAUUCAAAGACGUAGACAUCGUCGUCGCUCUCGCUGAUAGUCCGCUGUGCAUGUACACGACAGCUAUAGGCUGCCCGAUUGCGUGCAUGCCGCUCGGCACGGUCAAAUAUAGCGACGUCAAUGCCCGGCCGUUCGGGCUAUGCGCUGCUGCGAAGAGGGGCCAGGAAGGAUUGCUGUUAAGAUUCAUGGCGGCGUUUGAGGCUGUGUUUGCUGCGCGGUCACUUCCAAGGCCGUUGCUGGAUGCGCAGGGGCGGACAUAG